AUGGAGGACCUGUGCAGUGGGAUGGGUCUGGAUCCGUUCUGGGACUGGAACCUGACCUGGUACACCUCCAAACCAGACCUGACCCAGUGCUUUCAGCACACGGCUCUGGUUUGGUUCCCCUGUGUUUACCUGUGGACCUGUUCUCCUCUUUACCUGCUCUACCUGCAGCUCCGCCCCCACCGGGGCGUCAUCCCGCUGUCCAAACUCUGCUGCAGCAAGACGCUCCUCGGUUUCGGUCUGGCCUCCUUUGGUCUUCUGGAGAUGUUUUACUUUGUGGUGAAGAUGAACGAUGAGAUCCAGAACCACCUGAUCCUGCUGGGUCCACUGAUUCGGAGCCUCACUCUGGUUCUGGCUGUUGUCAUAAUCCAGAUCGAGAGGAUGAAGGGCUGUCGUUCCUCCGUCAUCCUCUUCCUCUUCUGGACACUUCUGGUUCUUUGCUCCAUCGUUCCUCUGAAGGUCAACAUCGAGCAGAUUAUUGAUCAGGAGUUUUCAUCAGAUGCUUUUCGUUUCAACGCGUUCUUCAUCUGUUUUUCCAUCCAACUCAUCCAACUCGUUCUCUGCUGCUUCUCUGAUCGACGGACGCUUCAGGACGAACACACACGCGUCCAGAACCAAUGUCCAGAGGAUGACGCAUCGUUUGUUUCAAAGUUUUUCUUCUUCUGGAUCAGCAGUUUGCUGCUCCAGGGUUACAAGCGCCCCCUGCAGGCUGAAGAUCUGUGGCCACUGCGAGAACAGGACUCAUCAAAGAGGAUCAUGACAGACCUGGAGAAGUUCUGGACUCAGAACAGGAAACAGCUGCAAGAAGAACCUGAAGCUUCUGGUCCAUUCUGGUCCCGGUGGGUUGGUUUCGCUGGACCAACAGAAAAAACUCACCUGUUGAAGGAGAAGAGGAAGGGGCGGAGCUACAGCCUCUUCCUCAUACGAGCUCUGGGGCGGAGCUUUGGGCCUUACUUCCUGUGUGGUACACUAUGUCUCCUCCUCCACGACGCCUUCAUGUUCGCCGUGCCACAGGUGCUCAGUUGUCUGCUGGUCUUCAUGCGGGACAGAGAGGCGGAGACGUGGAAGGGUUUCCUGUUUGCGUUGCUGCUCUUCCUGUUGUCGUGUCUUCAGUCCGUCCUCAAUCAUCAGUACAUGAUUCACUGCUUCAGCGUCGGGAUGAGACUGAAGACGAGCGUGAUCGCACUCGUCUACAAGAAGAGUCUGGUGCUGAGCAGCGCUGCACGGAGACGAGUCACUUUGGGAGAAAUUAUUAAUCUGGUUUCCGCCGACGCUCAGAAGCUGAUGGACGUGGUCGUUUAUUUCAACAGCGUCUGGAUCGCACCCAUCGAGAUCGCACUGUGCUUCUACUUCCUGUGGCAGCUGCUCGGCCCUCCGGCUCUCGCUGGGAUCAUCGCCGUCAUCCUGAUUUUUCCUCUUAACGGAGUUUUGGCUAAAAUGAGAAGCAAACUUCAGGAGGUGCAGAUGAAGUUCAUGGACGGUCGGAUCAAACUGAUGAACGAGAUCCUGAGCGGCAUCAGGAUCCUCAAGUUCUACUCGUGGGAGGAAGCGUUCCUGCGGCGAGUCGGCGUCCUGAGAGACGGGGAACUCAACGCCCUGAAGAAAUCUCAGAUCCUCUACUCCGUGUCUCUGGCUUCGUUCAACUCCUCCUCCUUCCUGAUCGCCCUCUCUGUGUUUGGCGUCUACGUUUUGUACGAUGAGCGAAACGUUCUUGAUGCUCAGAAGAUCUUUGUUUCUGUCGCUCUCAUCAACAUCCUGAAAAGUCCCCUGAGUCAACUUCCCUUCGCCAUGAACACCACCAUGCAGGCCGUCAUCUCGCUGCGGCGUCUGACCGACUUCCUGUGUCUGGAGGAGCUCCGCCCUGACGACGUGGAACGACUUCAUCACAGCUCAGACGGUGACGCCGUGGUGAUCGAGGGCGGCUUCUUCUCCUGGUCCCCUGAGGAUUCCCCCUGCCUGCAGAGGAUCGAUGUGAAGGUGAGGACGGGUUCGCUCGUCGCUGUGGUCGGUCACAUCGGCUCGGGGAAGUCGUCUCUUCUGUCGGCCAUGUUGGGAGAGAUGGAGAGGAGGCGGGGCUUCGUCUAUAUCAAGGGCUCUGUGGGUUAUGUUCCUCAGCAGUCUUGGGUCCAGAAUGCGUCCGUGAAGGAAAACAUUCUGUUUGGUGGCGAGAGGAAGGAGAGCUGGUAUCACCGGGUGCUGGACGCCUGCGCUCUGCUGCCGGACCUCGACCUGCUUCCUGCCGGAGACGCCACCGAGAUCGGAGAGAAGGGUUUGAACCUGUCUGGAGGUCAGAAGCAGAGGGUGAGUCUGGCUCGAGCCGUCUACAGGAGGUCAGAUGUUUACCUGCUGGACGACCCGCUGUCGGCCGUGGACGCUCACGUGGGACAACACAUCUUUGAUCGCGUUAUUGGACCCAGAGGGAUUCUUAAAGACAAGACUCGGGUUCUGGUGACUCACGGCCUCAGCUUCCUGUCCCAAGCCGACCUGGUCCUGGUGAUGGACGACGGGCGGAUCUCUGAGUCCGGUUCCUACUCGGAGCUGAUGGACAGAAAAGGAACCUUCGCCAAAUUAAUCCAAACCUUCAGUGGAAAACACAGCCGAGAAAAAAACACACUCCACGAAAAGAGCAGCAGGAAGGCAGUGUCUCGUGUCAGUCCCUUUGAUUUUUCCAUCGAUCUUUCUCAGGAGCAGCUGAUCAGCUGUGAUAUGAGCGGUGCCAGUCUCCAUGUGCCAGACGAUGUUGAUCAGGAUCUGGAGGUUGAAGAAGCUGGAAAACUAACGAAGGCUGAUAAAGUUCACACAGGGAGAGUGAAGCUGCAGAUGUACAGAGAGUACUUCAAGACCAUCGGCUUGACCUUCAUCAUGACCAUCAUCUUCCUCUGCGCCUUCCAACAGGCCGCGUCGCUGGCCUACAACUAUUGGCUGAGCAUCUGGGCCGAUGAGGCGCCCGUCAACGGAACCCGGAGCGACCACGAGCUGAAGCUCAGCGUGUUCGCAGCGCUCGGCUUCACUCAGGCAAUGGCCAUGUUUGGGACCACGCUCGCCAUCGCUCUGGGCGGGAUCGUAGCGUCACGCCACCUCCAUGCCGAUCUUCUCCACAGCGUGCUGCACUCGCCCAUGUCCUUCUUUGAGGUGACGCCGAGCGGGAACCUCCUGAACCGCUUCUCUAAAGAGAUUGACGCCAUCGACUGCAUGAUUCCUGACGGGCUGAAGAUGAUGCUGGGCUACCUGUUCAAGCUGCUGGAGAUCAUCAUCAUCGUGCUGUUGGCCACGCCCUUCGCAGGCCUGGUGCUCCUCCCCCUGGCCUGCUUCUACGUCUUCAUACAGAGUUUCUACGUGGCGUCGUCGUGUCAGCUGCGGCGCCUGGAGGCGGUGAGCCGCUCGCCGGUCUACAGCCACUUCAACGAGACGGUGCAAGGAGCCGCCGUCAUCCGAGCGUUUGGCGAACAGCAGCGGUUCGUCCGGCAGGCUCAUCGCCGCAUCGACAGCAACCAGGAAGCUUAUUUUCCUCGAUUUGUCGCCACCAGGUGGCUGGCGGUGAACUUGGAGUUUUUGGGGAACGUGCUGGUUUUGGCGGCGGCCAUCUUGUGUGUUCAAGGUCGAGAUAAUCUCAGUCCGGGAAUCGUUGGUCUGGCUGUGACUCAAUCUCUCCAGGUCACGGGAAUCCUGAGCUGGAUCGUUCGAUCGUGGACGGACGUGGAAAACAACAUCGUGUCUGUGGAGCGAGUGAAAGAAUACGACCACACAGCCAAAGAGGCGGCCUGGACCCUGGAGGACAGUCUGCUGCCGGCGGCGUGGCCGACCACCGGAACCAUCGAGUUUGAUGAUUAUGGUCUUAAAUACCGGCAAGACCUGGACUGGGCCUUAAAGGACAUAUCCAUCAGCAUCCAGAACAGAGAGAAGGUCGGGAUCGUUGGAAGAACGGGAGCCGGGAAGUCGUCUCUGGCUCUGGGAAUCUUCCGGAUCCUGGAGGCGUCGAGCGGACGAAUCCUCAUCGAUGGAAUCGACGUCUCUCAGAUCGGCCUCCAUGACCUCAGAUCCAGAAUCACCAUCAUCCCUCAGGACCCCGUGUUGUUUUCUGGGUCCCUGAGGAUGAACCUCGACCCGUUUGACACCUGUUCAGAAGAAGAACUGUGGAAAGCUCUGGAACUCGCUCAUCUCAGCAGCUUCGUGUCCCGACUGCCUCAGAAGCUGGAGCAUCCGUGUAGUGAAGGAGGAGAGAACAUGAGCCUCGGCCAGCGGCAGCUCCUGUGUUUGGCCCGAGCUCUGCUCAGGAAAACCAGGAUCCUGGUUCUGGAUGAAGCCACGGCUGCUGUGGACCUGAGGACGGAUCAGCUGAUCCAGUCCACCAUCCGGAGUCAGUUUGACGACUGCACGGUUCUGACCAUCGCCCACCGCCUCAACACCAUCAUGGACUACACAAGGGUCAUCGUGAUGGACAGAGGUUCCAUUGCAGAGAUGGACUCUCCCGCUCAGCUCCUGCACCGUCAGGGUCUUUUCUAUAAGAUGUGUGUGGAGGCCGGUUUGGUUUGA